AUGUCGAUGUUCCGCGCCAAGAAGCUCGAUCUGGGCUGUUUCGUCAAUGUCCGCACUCUGCGCGACCACACCAAGCGCAAGGUCUUUGAGGCCCAUGAGACUGAGCGACAAGCCCUCCGCUACAUGAUCCGAAACACAACUCUCCCUCCCCGAGUCCGAGCCGAAGCCCAACUCCAAUUGACCCAGAUGCACUGCUACACUCGCCCUACACAAAUUCGAAACAGAUGUAUUAUGGGAGGUCAGGGACGUGGUGUUUUGAGCGAUUUUAAGAUGACACGAGUAAGGCCCCUACGAUCCAAACCUUCGAGAGACAUGGAAGGAUAUGAGAGAAUGGGCUGGACUAACGAUGCGCAGUACAACUUCCGAAUGGAGGCUAUGGCUGGAAACUUGCCUGGUGUCAAGAGAGCUAGUUGGUAA